UGUUCGCCUGCUCAGAAUCACAUGCCAUAGAGAGAGAGUAGCAGUUGCUUAGCAAGUAGGUUAGCUCCAAUAGCUACCAGUUCCUUAUCAUCUGGCCAGCCAAAAUUCUUAAUUUUCCUCUACUUUGGUGCUCAACGUAUUCGCCACGAUGUUCGAGGAAGCAAGCGAGGUGUUCGAUAACAUGUUUAAAACAUCGUUUCCCUUGACUUUUAUUGUAUUUAUUCCUGCGGUGCUGAUUCUUGUGUCACCGCUCCCAGCUGAUGCAGCGCAUGAAUUCACUGUGUAUCGCAUGCAGCAGUACGACCUACAGGGACAGCCCUAUGGUACCAGGAAUGCUAUCUUGAACACGGAGGCCCGUUCUGUGGAGGCAGAGGUCCUCAGUCGUCGCUGUGUUAUUAUGCGGCUGGUGGACUUCUCGUAUGAGAAGUACCAGAAAGCCCUGCGCCAGUCGGCUGGGGCUGUGGUGAUAAUCCUGCCCAAGAACAUGUCUACUAUGCCUCAAGACAUAGUACAACAGUUCAUGGAGCUGGAGCCAGAGAUGCUGGCCACAGAGACCAUCGUCCCGGUGUACUUUGCACUGGAGGACGAAGAGCUGCUGUCCAUCUACACCCAGACCCUGACGUCCUCACCCACCCAGGGGUCCUCCACUGCUGCAGAAGUGCUGCUGCAUACUGCCACAGCCAACGGCUUCCAGAUGGUGACCAGCGGGGCCCAGAGCAAAGCCAUCAGUGACUGGGCCAUCACUAGUCUGGAGGGGCGGCUGGCCGGGGUCGGAGGAGAAGACCUGCCCACCAUCGUCCUGGUCGCUCACUACGACGCGUUCGGCGUGGCUCCGUGGCUGUCCUACGGUGCGGACUCCAACGGCAGUGGGGUGUCCAUGCUGCUGGAGCUGGCGCGCCUCUUCUCCAGGCUGUACACCUACAAGAGGACCCACGCUGGGUACAACCUGCUGUUCUUCGUCUCUGGCGGAGGGAAGUUUAACUACCAGGGAACUAAGCGUUGGCUGGAAGACAACUUGGACCACACAGACUCCAGCCUGCUGCAGGACAACGUGGCGUUUGUGUUGUGCCUGGACACCCUGGGCAACGGCGAUGGGCUGCACCUCCACGUGUCCAAGCCCCCCAAGGAAGGAACCCCCCAGCACGCCCUGCUGAGGGAGCUGGAGUCGGUGGUGGCCAGCCAGUACCCGGAGCUCAAGUUCUCCAUGGUGCACAAGAAGAUCAACCUGGCCGACGACACGCUGGCCUGGGAGCACGAGCGCUUCGGCAUCCGCAGGCUGCCCGCCUUCACGCUGUCCCACCUGCCCUCCCACCGGCUGGCGGAGCGCUCCAGCAUCAUGGACGUGCGGUCAGUGUCCCCCUCCUCUCGCCACGGAGCGGGACUGCCCCCUGCUGGGCCUCAUGUCGACCUGAGGAAGCUGAGCAGGAACACCAAGGUGGUGGCCGAGGCGCUGGCCAGAGUCAUCUACAACCUGACGGAGAAGGUGAACGCUGAGGGUGUCCCAGAGGACCUCCAGAUCUUCACUGAGCAGAUGCAGGUGCAAGAGGAGCAGCUGUCGUCGGUGGUGGACUGGCUGACGGCUCAGCCCCGCGCAGCCCAGCUCCUGGACAAGGACAGCAGCGUGGUGUCCACCCUGGAGCACCAGCUGGGGCGCUACCUGAAGGACGUCAAGAGGCACUACGUCAAGGCGGACAAGAGGGAUCCGGAGUUUGUGUUCUACGAUCAGCUGAAGCAACAAAUGAAUGCUUACAGAGUAAAGCCUGCCAUUUUUGACCUGCUACUGGCGUUCUGUAUAGCAGCCUAUCUGGGAGUUAUGUAUCUGGCCAUCCAGAACUUCGGCCUCCUCUACAGUGUCAUCCGUAAAGUCACUCAGCCCAAGGCCAAGACCCACUAGACCUCUUAGCCCGCUCAAUCCCUUCCCCCCACACUCCCCCUCUGAGCUCCGGCCAAUCAGAACCUGAGGCCGGGCCAUGCAGCUGUGUUUGUAUGUACUUCGGUAGGUGUGUGUGUGUGUGUGUGUGUGCGUGUGCGUGAGGGAGAGAGACUGCCUGAUGUUUUCUUUUGAAUCAACAUUGUCAUUACCCUCUCGCUGAUGAAUUUAACACAUUUUUAAAAAACAUUAACACUUUGGGGCUCAUUUUUGACAAAAAUGCCAAGAUUUAUUUUUCUCCCCGUCUUCCUGCCUUUUUUUUUUUCCUGUUUUUAUAUCUUUUUUUCUUUUCUUUUUUUAACCACCAGUUUUGGGUAAUCAGUAAAUCCCCCAAUUGCACUCAGCCUGGGGUGUCUGUCUGUGCAGUCGGGUCAGACGGACGCACCGUGAGACGGCUGGGACAGGCUGAGUCCUGGACCCCCCCUGUGAGGUCUCUCCCUGGCCCUCCCUGGUGGGUCGAUGGGGGGGGGGGUAGCCCAGUACAGGCUGGCCGUUAACCCGGCUCUCGGAGCCUGAGUGUUACUCUGCCAAACCGAACUGGAAGGGCUCAGGCUUCAUCAGGCAGCUAGAGGGAGAUUUGAGUUCUGUGGAGGUCAGAGGUCGCCCUGUAAUCUGUAUUGAAAUGUGUCACAUUCGUAACACUCAGUAAUGACUUCAUUUUUUUUUUAAGGAUGGUUUAACUUAUCGGAAGGCCUGUCCGAAUUAAUGUGAAGAUUGUGUGUAGAUAACCCGGCUUGAUUGCCCUUUUUUAGUACGCUUAAACAAUUGGAGCGGUUAUGAUGAUAUGCUAAUGAAUUUCCUUGUUCUCCUCCUGUAUGAAAUUAAAUCCCAUUUUUGAAUACGAUUUCGGUAAAAAAAAAAAAUAAUGCAAAAAAAAAGAAAUUAUUUGAUCAUUGAACAAACAUCAGAGACCUUUGUUGCACUUAAUGUUUGUUUUUUCUCACUAAUGUUUUUUAAAAAAUUGUCAAUUCAUACUAAUGUACUCUACUCUACCUUAACCCUAAAUCCUGCUGUCUGCGAUUUUGCUGGGCUGUUAAUGGUUAACGAUCAUGGCCACUUGAUCUUGUCAGCCCAUGCAUGUGUUGGACGUGGGGCAUUCUCUCACACAGUGCCACCAUAACACCGUAGGACACAAGGAACCAAGCCGAAAAGCCAGGCCAUGUUGAAUGUCAUUGUGAUCCAAUUCUUCAUGUUAUUGCUGGAGGUGUCACUAUCGGUAUCAGAUAACAGUAUGUUCAGGUCAAGACGUUUUGGUGACAACCAUUGCUUUACUGCAUUUGAUUAAAUCCGUGUUCCCUGAUCUUGUCAAGAAUGCAUAUUGCUUGCUAGCGAUAGUAACUAUUCCAUGUGUCAGUGCAUGAUCUAUGUCUGCCCCCUGGUCCCUAUUUACAAUCAUGGUAACGAUGAAAAAGGACUUGUGUAAAUGACUUGCCUACCAAGGGAAAUGCUGUGUGUGUGUGUGGGAUGCCUUUCUAUGACUUAAUUUAUUGAAGCAGUCGAUGCUGGAUGUGAGCACUGAUUUGAUCUCUCCUGUUAUGUGCGUGUCUUAAGCUGUUGCCAUGUGAUCCUGAAAAUGACCGUUAGAUAAUACUUUGAACAAAAAUAAAUUUGGUGAAAUAAAUCUG